AAAAUAAUUGAGCAAAAGACACUCACCCUCGAAGCGCCUGGACAAAAAAUAAAUAAAUACAAAAAAAUGGUAUCGCGAAGAAAAAUAUUAUCACGUUCGCGGGAUGAUCUAAACCUGGAUCAGACGUUCACACAACAGGAGGAGGAGGAGGAUGUUUGGUAUCAAAAAGAUAAACUCUACAAGGAACACAUACAGGAAGUGCUGGACAAAUGGACGCAAAUCGAUGAUGAGAUCUGGGCCAAAGUAAUUGUCUUUGAGCGCAAUCGCCGCGUGGCCAAGGCAUACGCACGUGCUCCGGUGCUGACCAUCAAUGGCUCCGACGAUGGCUUCGAUGGCAUGCGCAUUGGCUUGUGCGGCUUUGACAAUCCCAUGCGAGAUCAGAAGACGGACGAAAUGAAGCGCGUCAUCGGCCAGGGCGUCAAGAUCAAAAUGGACGAUGCUGGCAAUAUACUCGUGCGUCGCUAUGCCAAGAGCAACGUUUUUGUUAAGAGCACCGCCAGCAACCCUAACGAGGAGACCUCAAUUGGUGCCGAAAUCUUAAAGCUGCCAAAUCAGGCGCUCGAAAGCGAAAAAAUAGUCAAGCUGUUCGACAUGAAGAAGUUCCAGUCGAACGUAAAUCGUGAAUUGCGCCGUGCCUAUCCAGAUCGUCGGCGCUUGGAGACGCAAUGCCUAUCGGCAGUGGCCUUUGUCAAAUCGGAGAAUGACAUUUUGGAGUGCCCCAUUUGGGUGCUCAUUGUGAAUGUGGUAGCCAUGGAUAUGCUAAAGAGCAAGCUGCCGCCAGUGCAACGUCCCAUUGUGGACAUCAAGAAUCGCCCGCGCAUACCCAUACCCGAUGAGGAUCCCUACAGCGUGGCCGGCACCGGCAGCAACGGCAGCUCGGGCAGUUCUGGCUUUGGCAGCGGCCACCAACAACAGCAGCUGCAGCAACUGGGCAAGCAUUUGAAUAAUGGCAGCAGCAGCGGUCAUGUGGCUGCCACACGUGAGCAACUGCUGCUGCAGACGCAACAAUUGGCGCAUAAGCGCAGCGAGAAGCCGCCCAAAUUGCCGCCCAGGGAUAAUGUCUAUGCGCACGAUCUGAUUCCAAAGCCGGACUACGAUGACAUUGAUUUGGAGACCAGAAUCAAAUUAUCGCGCGGCAAGUCCGACAAAGGCAAGGACAACAAGAAAUAUGAUGAUCCUUAUUACUGUGGCUUGCGUGCACGCGUGCCCAACUUUGUCAAGUCCUCCAAGUCCAGCGCCAAGGAUCAACGCGACGGCAAUGGCAACAACAUCAUCAGUAACAUGAACGGCAACGGCAGCAGCAACGGCAUGAGCACGCUCAGCCAGAAGAAGACCUCGAUGAUACACAACCAUUUGGCCGGCAUGCAUCCACAUGCGCAGCACAUACAGCAGCAACAGCAGCAACAGUUGAUGGCCGCGGCAGCAGCGGCUGCAGCGCAUGCCGUGCAUCAUCAGCCGGCGGGCCAUCAUCCGCACCAGAUCUGGCAGACGCGCAGCUAUGAGAGUGGCAUAGGUAUUUAUAAUAAAAUGGGCGGCUAUCAAGCACAGCUAGCACCACAUCAACUGCAACAACACAAUACGCACGCAUUGCAAAUGCAACAACAACAACAACAACAACCACAAUCACUGCCAACGGACCUAACAGCAACAACAACUGCAACUGCAACUAGCAAGACACAAAGCACACGUAGCAAUAAACAACAACAACAACAACAACAUCACCUGCAGCCGCACCCGCACUCGCACCUACACCCACACCCACACCCAGCACAUGGUCAUGUGCACCAUCGACACCAGCAUCGCCAUUGCCAUCGGCAGCAUCAGCCGCUGGCGAGCUAUUAUCCAACUGGGCAAUACUAUGAUGAUCUGGAGGAGGUGGCGGUGCGUCAGGGCGCUAGGCGCCCGUCGAUGCGGCGCACUCUGCUGCCGGCCGAAAAUGCCUGCAAUUGUGUCAGCUGCUAUGCGCUGGCGCCGCUCUGUGGCCAGGUGCCAGCACCGCGGCCGCAGCGCAGUCUCAGCCAGCAGCAGUUGCGUCGCCAUCAGCGGCUGAGCGGCGGGCUGCUGGACAGGCACGUGGGCGUGUCCAAGUGGUGUAGCGAGAGCGACAUCUCGGUGCUGGAGCAGGUGCAGGAGGACGAGCCCAACACAAUGACCACAGACGAGCGCUACGAGGACAGCAACGACUACGAUGACUUCGAACUGGACUUUGACGACAUGGACAAGACCACAGCGAGCGGCUACCCACAGCGCCAGCUGCGACACGUGCAGCGACCGCGUGCGGUGCACAGCAACGAGGAGACGGACAUGUGUGUGGAUCGGGCACAGCUGCGUCAGCUGGCGGCGCCGGCGCUGCUCGCGGCACGGCAAAAAUCACAGUCCACGGAGAGCUUCUUCGAGCAGCCCAACGAGGAGGGUUCACUGUACAUGUACGGUGGACGCCGGCGCAUAGUGGCCAAAGCGCCAUCGGUGGUUAACAUUUAUGAGCGUGUGCCCAACUCCAUGGACUCGGACAUUGGCUACGGCAAGUUUCAGGCCAGCGGCAGGCGUGCACAAUAUUAUAAUAAGCCCAAGCUGCCAGCGCCAAGUUGGCGGGGCAAACGUCAGCCGACGUUGGCGACACAUUUGCAAAAAGCUGACAAAAAACCAUAUGACGAUACUAGCAGCAACAGCAACAACAAGCGACAGCUAACGAACAGCAGCAACAACAAUGAUGACAUCUUGAAAAACAACAAAAAUAAUUUCAAUAGUAAAAACAAAACAGCAGCAGCAACAAACACAAACAAUGCACCGCCAGCACAAAGAACUGGGCGGACUGCCAGCCGGCUUGACAUCAGCGACAUGGAAUCCAUUUAUGGCUACCUGAAGCCGCGCAAGCCGCGCAGCCUCAGUCUGAAGAAAAUCCAAAUACUUGACUAUUGAAAAUGGAACUAAUUCAAUUUUUCGCUCCCUUUGCCGAAACGAGGUUAUUUUACAGCAUUAAAUUGGGUUCGAUCUGGAUAUGCGCUGUGUAUAUAUAUAAAUGCGAAAUUGCCUAUGGUUAUAUAUUUUUUUUAUUGGUAGCACCUUAUAUACCCGGCUAUAGCUAAAACCUGUACCGAUUUUUUGUACUAACUCCACUUUAACUUGGACCCUGGACGGCAAACAGUUUACCUUUACCGUUAACAUUGUACAUACACCAAACAUCUUACCAUUAUAUAUAUAUAUAGCUUUACAUAAAUAUAUCUAUAUAUAAAAAUUAGUAUAUAUUUGCUAAUGUCACUUUGUUGCGCUUCUUGUAGAUUCGGAGCUUGUCGAAUCACCUUACAAUCACAUCUAUGGACGCCAUUUACCGCUGCCAACUCGCGGCUA